CAUGGAUCUAGCAGAUGCUCUUGAUAGUGAUCCUGCAACAGCCAACCAAACCAAUCAGCAGGCUGGAGGGCCAGCAUGGCCUGGGCAACCUGCUAACCCUGCCUGGCCUGGGCAACCUGCUAGCCCUGCCUGGCCUGGGCAACCUCAAAAUCCGUCUUGGCCUGGGCAACCUCAAAAUCCUUCUUGGCCUGGGCAACCAGGGGGGCAACCAUUCCCACAAUGGCCUAAUCAGCCAUACCAGCCACAAUGGCCUGGCCAACCGGGCCAACCGGGCCAACCCACUGCACCUGGGUGGCCAGGACAAAUUCCACCAACUGCCCCACAGAAUGUGCCAUUGAAUGUCCCAUUAGACAUGCCUCUGCCUCAAGGAGUAUAUGACAAGCUGCUUAUUACUAUCCAAGGGGAACCCAAGCCUAAUGCCAAAAAGUUUUCAAUUAAUCUAGCCAGAAAUAAAGACAUUGCCUUACACUUUAACCCCCGAUUUGAUGAAGAUGGGAUUAAGGUGCUAGUUAGAAACUCUAUGAUAAGUGACGUGUGGGGCAAAGAGGAAAGAACAGCUCCCUCAUUCCCUUUCAUUCCAGGAAAGCCUUUUGAGGUGAAGAUCUUGUGUACUGCCACUGACUUUAAAGUGGCUGUGAAUAAGGCACACAUGUUUGAGUACAAACAUCGACUUCGUGAACUCAACCAGAUUAACCAUCUCACUAUUAUUGAUGAUGUCAAAAUUACAUCUGUAAAUUUUGAGAACCUUCCCUGAGGGGAAAAUCUUGAAUGUUAUGAUCUUCAUGUAGAAACUGAGGGGUUCUUUUUUCUUACUUGUAAAUCCUGAUUUAUGUGCCUACCUGUUUUUAUUUUGUGAAAAAAAGAACUUGCAUGACUGUACUUCUGUGAUUACAUAAAGCACCAUUCACCUCUUUCCCAGCAGCACAGCAAUGCUUUGGUAUAUUUGCAACUUCUAGACAUCUCUGUUAAACAAACCUGGAAAUAUUGCACAUUUUAGUGGUCUAGCCAGCACCAAAGAGUCAAUAUUCUGGAUAUUACAUAAAGACAGACAUUAAAGUAGAUAUAAUAACAUAACUGAGUAAUUGAAAAAUAACUUUCAGAAGACCAACCCCAAGUCAUAGACAGGUAGCUAUGAUUUAACAUUUGAGGCUCUCAUGACUGAAUGACGUUUGUUAACCAGUUAGAUACUGAAUUUAUCUAAAUUAUAAAUUCAGUAAAGACUUUUGUUUCUGUGUACCGAUAUAAUGGGCCUUGUGGUAGGCAAUGAUAUUUACAUUAAACAUAUAGGUUUAAUAAUAACCACACAAGCUAGCUUAAUUGACCCUAGGAUUGAGACAGACAGUAUGUUGAACAGUAUGUUGUUAUCCAUAAUAUGUUUAGAAAGAAACUUCAACAAAUUAUAAAUUCAAUUACUUUU